CUCCCGGCCGCUCGCUGGGCUCUGGGGCCGCGGCGGCUCCUCUGCCGGGUCGCGCCGGAGGACCGGCUUCGGGCGGCGGCUUGGGCGGCCUGCGGAGCGAGCGGGUGGGCUGAGCCGCGGGGCCCCGCGCCUGCCGUCUGCUGAACCCGGUCGCACGGGGCGCGCGCCAUGGCCGCCUCGCCAGGCUCGGGCAGCGCCAACCCGCGGAAGUUCAGCGAGAAGAUCGCGCUGCACACGCAGCGGCAGGCCGAGGAGACGCGGGCCUUCGAGCAGCUCAUGACCGACCUCACCCUGUCGCGGGUUCAGUUUCAGAAGCUUCAGCAACUGCGCCUAACCCAGUACCACGGGGGAUCCCUGCCUAACGUGAGCCAGCUGCGGAACAGCACAUCCGAGUUCCAGCCGACAUUUCAUCCAGCUGAUAACGUUCGUGGAACCCGCCACCACGGGCUGGUGGAGAGGCCAGCCCGGAACCGCUUCCACCCCCUUCACCGAAGGUCUGGGGAGAAGCCAGGGAGACAAUUUGAUGGGAAUACUUUCGCAGCCAGUUAUCCUUCGCAGGCCCUGGAUGAGAGCUGGCCAAGGCAGCAGCCUCCUUGGAAAGAAGAAAAACAUCCUGGAUUCAGGCUGACGUCUGCACUUAACAGGACCAAUUCUGAUUCUGCUCUUCAUACGAGUGCUCUGAGCACCAAGCCCCAGGACCCCUAUGGAGGAGGCGGCCAGUCACCCUGGCCUGCCCCAUACAUGGGUUUCUGUGAUGGAGAAAAUGACUGCCAUGGGGAAGUAGCAUCUUUUCCUGGGCCGUUGAAAGAAGAGAAUCUGUUAAAUGUUCCGAAGCCACUGCCUAAGCAGCUGUGGGAGACCAAGGAGAUCCAGUCUCUGUCUGGACGCCCGCGAUCCUGUGAUGUUGGGGGAGGCAAUGCUUUCCCACAUAACGGCCAAAACAUAGGCCUUUCUCCGUUCCUGGGGACCCUGAACACCGGAGGGUCAUUGCCCGACCUAACCAACCUCCACUACUCGGCACCCCUGCCAGCCUCCCUGGACACCAGCGACCACCUCUUUGGUAGCAUGAGUGUGGGGAACAGCGUGGGCAACCUUCCAGCUGCUAUGACUCACCUGGGCAUAAGGAACUCCUCCGGUCUGCAGAGUUCUCGAAGCAAUCCUUCCAUCCAAGCCACACUGAAUAAGAUGACGCUGUCCUCUUCCCUCAAUAGCCACCCACAGAAAUCUGCAGCCAGUGCGUCCGCUCUUCACCCCUCGCUCCGACUCUUCUCCCUCAGCAACCCCUCGCUCUCCACCACAAACAUGAGUGGCCCCUCUCGGCGAAGGCAGCCGCCAGUCAGUCCUCUCACACUCUCUCCUGGCCCGGAAGCACAUCAAGGUUUCGGCAGACAGCUUUCUUCUACCAGCCCACUGAACCCCUAUCCUGCCUCCCAGAUGGUGUCCUCAGAGCAAAACCUUUCCUUCCUGCCCACAGAAGCUCAAGCCCAAGUGUCCCCACCGCCCCCUUACCCCACAUCCCAGGAAAUGCCUCAACCCCUCCUGCAGCAGCCCCAUGCCCAGGAGCCCCCUGCUCCUCAGCCCCAGGCAGCCCCCUCCCUGCCACAGUCAGAUUUCCAGCUCCUCACUGCCCAGGGCUCAUCUCUGACCAACUUCUUCCCAGAUGUGGGCUUUGACCAACAGCCCAUGAGACCCAGCCCUGCCUUUCCUCAGCAGGUGCCUUUGGUGCAGCAGAGCCACCGGGAACCACAGGACUCAUUUCCUUUGAGACCAAACCCGUAUUCCAACUGUGGAAACUUCCCAGCCGCCAUCCUGACAGAAGAUCCAAGCACCAACCUGUUCAAAGGCCUUAGUGGGGGGCUGUCGGGCAUGCCUGAGGUCGGCCUGGACAUGGACACUCCGUUUCCAUUGGAAGAGGAGCUGCAGAUCGAACCCUUGAGCCUGGACGGACUCAACAUGUUAAGUGACUCCAGCAUGGGCCUGCUGGACCCCUCUGUAGAGGAGACAUUUCGAGCUGACCGGCUCUGAGCAGAACACAGUGGAGCAGGGGGACUGAAAUGGCCAGAGCAGAGGCGAGAAUGGAGCCAGCAGACACCCUGACAUCAGCCAUCUGUCCCAGGCUCUCCCCUGAAGUCCUAGCUCAGAUGUCAUGGCUUUUCUAGGCACAGCUGCAUCCUGCCUCUCCGGUCUGUGAUACCGUUGUACUGCCGCAGGCCGGCUGCUGUGGAGCUUCUGAUGACUGAGGUCACCGUGUCACCCUUCAUUCUUUGCUGGCAUCUAGUCAGCGUGUAAACGUAAAAAGUGCUGUGUGACAGGUACCUCUGUAACACCACCAGAGCUCCGACCCGCACGUCCCAGUCAGCACCGAAGAGGGGCCGCAGACCCGCAGAGUUGGUUCAGCACCACACAAGGGUACCAGAGCACCAUGAUGCCUUUCUGUCUGGCCGCCAAGGCCAGGCACCCUUCAGCUAGUGGAUAUUCUGGGCCUCGCCAUUGCUCUGCCAGGUGAUGUAGUGAAGAGGACGGCGCCUACCCACCCGUCCCAGGGCAGGCUGUCGUUAGCAGGCUGAGCUCAGCUUGCUCCCUCCCAGUCCGGUACCUCUUUGCUGCUGCUUCCCUGUGCGUGGACAGGAGAAGAGGGAGUGAAAAGAGUUCCCGGAACCAGGAUGAGCCUAAAGAGGGCAGUGCACGUCCCCUGCACAAGGUGUCCUCCAUCUUAGGCCGGCCACCCUGAAGCCUCACUGGGCAGAGCUGCUGGGACUCCUGUCAGUGGCAGCAGCUGGACGGCCCCUUCCCUCCCCAGCUGUCUCUGUGUGAUGCAACCCCACUAGACUGUAAGCUCCGAGAGGGCAGGAGCUGGGCCUCGUUCCUUACUGAACCCCUAGUGCCUGACAGGAAUGAGGGCUAUGUGACUGGGUGUGGCGCCCGGUCAUGGAUGAUUGACUAGAUGUGCCACGCGGUAGGGCGGACUGACCUGUGGCUAUCGCUAGUCCCUGCUUGAGCUCGAGCUUCAGCCUUCUCUCACUGACGCCUUCAGCUCGCCCUCACUGGAUACGCCUUACCACACGGGAUGGCCAGCUCCUCACUAGGCGCAGCAGCCAUCCCCCUCGGGAUCACGUCCCUCAGCAGCUAGGUGGGAAUCAUCCAGAAUGGCUGGGCACACCAGAGCCCCUGAGUGUGGGACACCUGGGCUCUUCACUAGGCCCCCACUGUAGAACCUUUCUACUCAGACCCAUGCUUUUCGUUCUAAAUUGCCUAAAAUAGAGGUGCAUAGUAAAUGAGACCGGAUUUGUGGGACUCUCGUGAUGCAUUAACACUUUAUCGCCCAGUAAUCUGACCAGAUUCUACCACUACUGCCUCCUAGCCCUGAGUGGGGAAGUGGUGGUGCCCAGGUAGCCUUCAGGGGAGGAUCCAGGCCUGAGGAGAUGAUGGGGGCGAGGCUAAAGAAGAGUCUUUGCUCAGACAGCCACUACCCUCCCUGAAGGCUGGUGUAGUCCAGGCUCAUUGCCUUUCCACUCAGGCAAGCAAGGAUGAAGAAGAAGGAAGCCAACACAUCUGUGCCUGUGGCGAGCAGAGCCUGCGCACAGGGCGCUGGCUCCCACACCUCCCUACAUCUUGUCAGCAUCUUCUCUUAGGCCUUCUCCAUGAUCCUUCAAACAGCCCUGAUGGUGCCGUACUCCACCUUCCUCUAGGACCCAAGCAUUGUGUGUUCCCAUUUACCUCCAGCUCUGCUGUCUCCAUCUAGCUCCACCCCCAGAAGAUGCCCCUGGCCUCUGCUGAGCCCUGUUUGCAGUGGAACUCUCAUAUGCUUUAUGCCUGAGAUCAGAGAGGAGCGACUUUAGUUUAAGUGGAAGCUUUUCACUCUUCAAGCUGCCCUGCACCUCACUGUGCCCACGGAAGCCAGCUCCCCUGUCAGAGGCCCCGCCGUGCCCACAGAAGCCAGCUCCUCUCUCAGAGGCCCCGCCGUGCCCACGUAAGCCAGCUCCUCUCUCAGAGGUCCCACCGUGCCCACGUAAGCCAGCUCCUCUCUCAGAGGCCCCACCGUGCCCACGGAAGCCAGCUCCUCUCUCAGAGGCCCCACUGUGCCCACGGAAGCCAGCUCCUCUCUCAGAGGUCCCACCGUGCCCACGAAAGCCAGCUCCUCUCUCAAAGGCCCCACUGUGCCCACGGAAGUCAGCUCCUCUGUCAGAGGCCCCACUGUGCCCACGGAAAUCAGCUCCUCUGUCAGAGGUUCCUGAAAUCAGAUCUCAGCCUUUGGGCAGGGAUCGGUGCUGAUGUAAGAGUUUAGAGAAAGGGGGUCCCAGCACAAUCUGCUCUCUGCAUCGUGCCUUAUCCAUGGGAUUAUUACAAUAGGAGAAGACCACCUUGUAAUGGGAGACCCCAAGACCCCAUACCCUGAAUUACCCUGCCCCUGGGAUAUUCUCCAGCUGAUGGGAUAGUACUGGCUAUGGGGGAAAUAGAUAAAAAGUUAAAAAAAAAAAAAAAAAGACAAUACGGUAGCACUGAAUUAAAUCUGCUGUUAGGUCCACCAACCCGAUCUUCUCGUGGGAAAAUCUUUAAACCACUGGAGAGCCCACCCUGUCUAGGCGGUGUUGAGGACACCAGGAGACCUUGUCGCCCUACCCUAGCCAUGUAAGCCUGAAUGCACUCUCUGCUGCCCUAGGCCUCGUCACUGAAGUGGCUGCAGGCGUCCUCAGCCCUACCUGUCCAUGUUUUCACCUGGUCACGGCUGUAUUCGUUCUUCUAGCAGUGUGGCGGUCGUGGGGUACAGGAUGUGAGCAUGAGGAGAAACGCUUGGAUCCCGUCCCAAAUCAGUUCUCCUUUGCCCUGCUCCCUCUCCUAAUCUACUGUAUCCUCGGAGCUGAAGAGUGGUAUAUUCAUGCUCGUGCACGUAUCUGAAGACAUUUCCUGUUGGGACUCUCCAGGGCUCCCAGCGUUUCCACUGCUCCAGGAUGGGGCCAUCCCAGCAACUAAUCGGACUUCCUGCCAGUGUCCUAACUCCCGGCCCUUUGUUAAGCAAUAUUGACAGAUUGGACUUUGUAUAAAGUAGCUUCCAAGUUUUAUAAUACAUCAUUUUACAUCUUUCGUAAUUAAAAGCAGCACAAUAUGGUUGUAUCUGCUCUCCUGCUCUCCGUGUUUCUCUUCGACCUUGAGUGCACCGGCUUGGUGGGCAACUUCCCUGGCUGCCUCUGCCUACUUGGCUGACACUCCCUGAUUUCCGAACAUUGGCUGGGUCCUUCACCAACCCACCUGCUGCACUGUCUCAUUACAAAUGCAAGGUGCACAGUCCCUUUGAGACUGAGUAACAGGACAGAGCACCCUGGAUGCUGUCUUCUGCCUCCUCCUGCCUCCGCCGAAGGCCCCACCCGCUCCUUACCCGGCUGCUGUCCUGGACCAGCCUUGAUCAUCUUCCCGAUGCCUUCUGCCCUGGUCAUAAGCCUCUUCUCCUUCGGGGAGGCACACUCCUUCAGCUACACUGAGCACUGUCUGAGGGUGACUCCUGAGAUCCACAGAAAUCUCACCUCUGGGCAGUACGUUAGGAGCCCUGCAUCUCAGCCCCCGCCCACACACCUUGUUCUUGGACCACCUCAGCACGUUUGGCCUCUUCAGGCUCCCUUUCCCUCCCUCCCGACUUGGUCCUCAGGCUUAGCAGCCUCCAGGAUGCCCUCAGGAAGCUCAUUUUUCUCUGACUCCACACACGUGGCCUUUGACCUUCAGAAACUCAGCAAGCCCACCCUGCCAGUAUCCCAAUCUUUGGCUCUCCUCAGGGUCUUCGCUCUCGUCCGCCCCCCACGCAGUCAGCACCAGCUCUCCUUCCUCUUCCCUAUUUCAUCCUUUCUCCCCUCAGCCUGCCCAACUCUCUCACUGCCUUGUCUCCCCUCCCCCACUCGUGCCUCCCCUAACCUGGGUUUCAUUUCUCAUGUGUCAUUUCUCUACUUUUCCUCCAAGAACUGCCCCCACCCUCAGCCUGUGCAUCUGCCUCAGUCUCCUUCCUAAAAUAGAAAACCUUUCUUCAAGCCCCACUUCUCCUCAGACCACAGGCUGUCUCCUUCCUUUCCCUGAAGGCAGCUCAACACAGCCAUCGCCUCCCCCACCCGGCUUCAAACCCCCCUCGGCCUUGUCAGGUUAGCUCCUGUCCUGCUGGACCGACACCCCUUUCCUUAACCCCCCUCUAGCUCCAGUAAACCUUUCCUUGUUCCUUUUGUUUUGGGUUUUUGUUUGUUUGUUUGUUUUCGAGACAGAGUUUCCCUGUAGCUUUGGAGCCUGUCCUGGAACUAGUUCUUGUGGAGAAGGCUGGCCUCGAACUCACAGAAAUCCGCCUGCCUCUGCCACGGGGAGUACUGGGAUUAAAGACGUGCGCCACCACUUCCUUGUUCUACACUUAGGUCCUAGGUCACCUAUAUGACCCUCGCCACUGCCCCAGGCUCCCUGAUCCACUUCCUCCAAGCUGAUGGCCCUCACCCCUUAUCCUCUCCUCCACCCUCCCCCCCACCCCCCUUACCUGUCCUCUCGGCUCUUCCACAUACUGUCCCAUCUUU